AUGCACUUCAUAAUUCAGAACAUUGAGAAGACAGCUCUGCUCUCUGAGCAUAUCAAUCUGCUUACUGCUGAGAUGAAAUCUGAGACAGCAGAUCAGAAAAUGUGGGAUUUUGAGGUGCAGAUUGACCUGGCUGAGAGAAAGCAGCAGAAACCCUUCUCUGAGAAGGCAGCAGAGAGAGAUUUUGAGGUGAUUAUCAUCUCAGAUAAGGAGGAGAAGAAGAAGAAUGAGAAUAAGAAGUGA